UUGCCAUGUUGAUCAAGAUCGUAGGGAAGUUACCUUCUUGUACAAACUAGUUUCUGGAGUAUGUCCUAAAUCGUAUGGGAUGAAUGUGGCCAAUAUGGCUGGUGUUCCUAGAGAGAUUGUCGAUCGUGCUGAAGUAGUUGCUGCUAAAUUUGAGCAGACUUCAAAAUUGCAAGAUAUCUUAACUGCAAAUAGUUCAAAUUUACCAAUCACGACUUUAUGUGAUUUCGUGUAUCUUUUAAAGGCUGCGGCUAGGAAUGGUGAGUCAUCUAAAGAAAUGGAUGAUGGAGCCCUGGAUAAUCGGGCAGAUCAUAAAAAAGAAGAGAGGUAUACUAGAGCGUUGAAGACAAUUAUCCGUGGAAUUAAAAUAAUGUAA